CGCUCGCUGGCUGGCUGGCUGCAGACGGACAUAAAAAAGAGAAGAAAAGAAAGAAACUGAUUCUGAAACUAACAAGGGAUCUUCUCCGUCUCGGAAAAUGGGAAACUCCUCCAAGGAAGACUCCGGCGGCGACGGCACCUCCUCCGGCGGCGACUCUCCUCCGUCCAGUUCCAGCCUCUUCUCCGAGGGGGAGAAGGUCCUCGCCUACCAUGGCCCUCGCAUCUACGAAGCCAAGGUUCAAAGGGCUGAGUUGAGGAAAAAAGAAUGGAAAUACUUCGUUCACUACCUUGGUUGGAAUAAAAAUUGGGACGAAUGGGUUGGAGUCGAUCGACUGAUGAAAUAUACAGAAGAGAACGUGUUAAAGCAGCAGACCCUUGACAAAAAGCAGGGUGUGGACAAGAAUUCAAAAUCAGGCCGUUCGGCUCAAACCAAACCUAAAAGCUCUGCUGAUGCCAAAGUUGAGAAAGAGGAUGUCAAGACCAAUGUGGGAAAGGGGAAGAAACGUAAGAGUGACUCAGGUGCUGAGAAGGACAACAUAUCCUUGGAAAAGCUUGUCAAGAUUCAAAUACCAGCAACACUUAAGAAGCAGCUUGUUGAUGAUUAUGAAUAUGUUAAUCAGCAGGAUAAGCUGGUCAAGCUUCCUCGUUCACCAACCGUUGAUGACAUUAUAACAAAGUACCUUGAUUAUCGUUCGAAGAAGGAUAGUGUGAUAACUGAUUCAGUAUCAGAAAUAUUGAAAGGAAUACGAUGUUACUUUGAUAAAGCUUUGCCAAUGAUGCUCUUAUAUAAGAAGGAACGCAAACAAUUUCAUGAAGUUGUCUCAGAUGAUGUCUCUCCAUCAACCAUAUAUGGUGCCGAACAUUUACUACGACUCUUUGUUAAAUUGCCAGAGUUAUUGGCGUACGUAAAUAUUGAAGAGGAAACGCUAACCCGCUUACAGCAGAAACUACUUGAUUUUCUCAAGUUUUUGCAGAAAAAUCAGAGUACAUUCUUCCUUUCCGCAUAUGAAAACGCCAAAGGUGUUGAAGGAAAGGGCAAGGGGAAAGACGACUAAGCUACGCGAACUGCUUUAGCUUGCCAUCUGUUGUAUGCCGUCUUCGGACCCAAAAUUGAGGAAGAUAGGCGAUCCAGUUGUUGUAUCAGUAGCAUUGGUUCAUUCUUUUUGCUCCUUUUGUUUCCAACUCUGAUCAUUGAGGACACAUCAGUUGUACAAUGUUGAGAGCAUAGUAUUUGAAUAGCCUUGUAGUAUUGAAUAGCCCAUUGUUAUGUGCUGUAACCUCUCGUAAAUGGGACUUGCUAGCUAUAUUGAUGACUCGCCUCUGUAAGAAAUGAAUACUCUAGUGGGGAUUUAAAUCAUGAAACUUUACACGAACUUAUGAUAUGUACCAUCUAUUUGUCUUGAA